AUGGCCCCGGACCCCAAACGGCGUAUCACCCUGCCGCCGCCUCAGUCCGAUGAGCGUCGCCCUCUACUCAGCAGACUGUACUCAGGACCCCGUGGUUCCAAUGAUGAGGCCGGCGACCAGGUCUACAGUUGCAUGACGAACCCGCACAGCCACCUGCCCGUCUACACCAAUAUUCAUCGUAUCCGAAGGGACAUCAUCAGCGUCGUCGAGGAUUACUUGAGCCUGGAGCAAUUGAGGGAUGUGAGGAUAAACGUCACCGUUAUUAGGCCACUGGUCGACAAGUUUUACGAGUUGGAUGAUAUCUCCAUCAGCACGUUAUCUUCCCCCUCUGUAUUCAUGUUUUACUGCUUGCUGGUCAACCGUGCUCAAUUUCUCCUCGAAGAGUCUUACUCCAGCACACGCCACAAUGUAAACUGGACACGCGCCACUCUGUGCGAACUCAUUGCUACCCGCAUCCUGCGCCGCUUCGGUGAGGACCAUGAGGGAACCGACGGGCUUCUCCUCCUGGCCCAUGUUCUUGUCGCUGGCUUUGAACCCUUUCAGAAUGCCCCAGACCAUAUUCGAGAAGAGGCCGAGGCCAAGACGUCGUGGACCUACCACCGAACCUUGCCGGCUCUCGAGGUUGCCAUUUUGACGGAAUCCAAGCACUUCCUCAGCUCCAGUACCUGCCACAACAUCAUCACAGCCAUCUAUGAGGGCCGCAUCAUUUACACUCCCUCCACCUUCUGGGACAUUAUUCCCGACCACUACAAGUUGAAACCUAUAUCCUUAUAUGACCCGCGAGAGUCGCCCUUGCUGAACCAGUAUCGCUUGAUUGUGCCGAGGAACAGAAACAUCCUUGAAUCCAUUCAGUUUGCCAUUCUUCUCGGGCUGUAUAUUGGUGUGAUGCUGGCAAGAGAGAAGAGCAAACUUACAGGUUUGGAGGCAGCAUUCGCUAUAUAUGCUUUUGGAUGGGGUUUGGAUCAGUUUGCCACAAUUUUGGCCCACGGCUGGGGCGUUUACACGCAAAACUUGUGGUCAUUCUUGGACGUUACUUUCAUCUUUAUUUACUUUAUCUAUCUCGUCCUUCGAAUACAUGGCUAUCGCGUCGGCAUGUCGGGACUGGGUGAGCAAGCCUUUGAUGUGCUGGCUCUUGCGGCCCCUGUAUUGGUGCCUCGACUGGCAUUCACAUUACUCUCGGAGAAUCUCAUCUUUUUAUGUUUGAGAUCUAUGAUGGCAGACUUUUUCUUUCUCACGGCAUUGUCGGCGUGGUGUUUUUUCGGGUUCCUGCUGAGUCUGUUGUGGCUAGGCGAGGGAGCUCAUCCGAUUGUCACGAUAUCAAAGUGGAUGAUUUACAUCUGGUUUGGACUAGAUGGCACCGGAAUACAACGAUCGACCGAGUUUCACUGGCUCCUCGGCCCAAGUCUAAUGGUGGCAUUCGCAUUUCUCGGAAACACCCUCUUCCUCACCAUCCUCGUCUCCAUGCUGUCAAACACCUUCAGCAACAUCUCCGCCAAUGCAACCGCAGAAAUCCAAUUCCGCCGAGCAGUCCUAACCCUCGAAGGCGUCAAAGCCGACGCCGUCUUCGCCUACCAACCGCCCUUCAACCUCCUGGCCGUCUUCUUCCUCCUGCCCCUCAAGUUUGUCGUCAGCCCCCGCUGGUUCCAUAAGAUACACGUCGCCACCGUCCGACUCGUCAACCUCCCGCUGCUCCUCAUCAUCGCCGUAGCCGAGCGCCGCCUCCUCUGGCCCUCCUCAGCAGCCAAACGCACCAUAUACCCCCGCGCCAGAAAAUGGUUCUGGCUCAAGUGGCAGCUCUCCGGCCAUAGCUACCUCCGCGCCGUGUUCCAAGUCCCGCCCCCGGAAGACGUCCACGAGGAUAUCGCCGUGGACGAUCACCUAACGCGACACCUGAUUCGGCGCCAGUUCACGAGGUCGACUACCGCCGAGGGAACGGUGCCUCAGCUUCGGAAGCCAUCGCGUAGGGACUCCAUGUUUCCGCACAAGAUGAGGGGCUCGUUCAACGGGGACGAGGGAAGCUCGGAGGCUAUGGCGGCAAAGAUGCAGUCUAUGCAGAAGACGUUGCAGAGGAUGGAGCUGCUGCUUUCAAAGGUGGUGUCGUUUGAUGAUGAGGUUAUUGCGGAUGCGUCGGAGGAUGAUGGGAUGGGCGAGAGUAGUACGUUGCGAGAGCCGACGGAGGGGUUUACCACGGAGUCGUCGUUUGCAGGGCAGCAAUAA